AUGGCGAGUUGUAAGAAGAAAUACUCUGAGCUUCGCACAAACCGCAAGGAAAAGUUAUCCUCUCCCAAGAAAGAAUUGUCUUCUAAUGACAGCGAUGUGCCUUUGUCUAACAACAAUUUAAUAUCAAAAUGUAAUGAUCUUGAACAGGCAAACAAGGAUUUGAGGGAUCUUAUCGAGUCCAAGAAAAGCUCGAUUCAUACGGCACUGACUACAAUUCAAGAUGUUCAACUGACUGUGAAAGAGGCGCGUAAAAGACUUGAGACGGAGACCGGUGCCAUGAAGAUUGAAUUGGUUAAAUUGCGGGCGGAGCAUGUGCAGAAUUACAAACAAUGUAAUGUAAGCAGGAUUCAAGAAGAGAAAUAUUAUAUCAAUGCUGCGAACGUAGACAAGAUAAAAAAGUUGCGAAGGGAGCAGCCGACAUCUUUGGAAAAGAAUCAGUUAAAGGAAGACCUAGAGAGCGAGAUUGCACAACUAACAAGGGAACUUGAAGAAAAGGAGGAAGCAAUCCCUAACAGUUUCGAAACUGAACAGAAAUUUAAGAUGAAGAAAACUGAGACAUACAGAACAAUGAAAGAGCUUUUCGAAAGAGAGAAAGAAAUAGCACGAAAGGGACGUCUCCUGAAAGCGUCCAAACACGAGAUCAACGCGGAGUUAGAGCUCCUCCCAGUUGAAUGUAAAGACAUGGAGAGAGGAGUUGCUGAGAGAGAGAGGCAAUUUUCGAUUUGGCGUGUUGAGGCCAAGAUGGAGCUGAACGAAAAAGACAAUGAGCUUGAAGAUCUGAAGACUCAAAUCUGUGAGCUCAAGGAAUCACUGAAAUCUCAGGUUCUUCCUCCAAAGGAAUCUAAUCGUUCGGCUAAGCAUUUCAUUCCCAGACUUCGACGCCGACGAUGAGACAUUUUAAAGUUACAUCAUACUGAAACUUAACA